AUGGAAUUUGUAGCGUAUCACAUGGGUGUGCCACUGAUUCCUAGCUAUGUUCCACGUGUGAUUUAUGCCCAGCGACAAAUUUGGCGCUCUAGACAUUCCUAA